AUGUCUCCAUUGUCUUCAAUCAUGCUCGUCACGUCUGCUAGCGGGUCCUCUAGCAUCCUUCUGUCAGAGAUGCAUCGAUUCCAGACGGCAGCACAGGUGUCGCCGGGGAAGCCCUGCUCUGCUUUGUCGACCAAGUCGUGCACCGCGCCUCGUGCGCACAAGGUAGUGGCCGGUCCUGGAAACCGGACGCUCAUGCAUCUACCGCCUCAAGCACCCCAUCACCACCAAUCAUGCUUCCUCCGCGAGCGUCGCACAUGGGCGUCAAGGAGCAUUGCACAGGAAGUCGAUGCAGUGACGUUGCCCUUCCCCCCCGAUCUCGGAGAAGCGCGAGUGUGGCCUUGUAUGCGGGUUUUCGUGGUAGAAGUGCGAGGGCGACCUCCGUCGUAG